AAUCAUUUCAAACGUAAAUUACUUAAAAAUACAUUAAAAAUGUACAACAAGCUACAGCUGCAACUGUAAAAGGAAGGUCAGAACGACAGCAGCAGCAGCAGAAAGGAUUCUAAGGAUAGCACAGAGAACAAAGCUUCUAGAAUAAUUAGGACCUAUCUUCUGAGUUUUUCAUCGCAUCUUGCAUUAUGCGUCGACUGAAUGCGGCUUCUAGGCUGCUUCUGGUGCUGGUGGUGCAACAGAUGAGCCACUGGCCAACGAGCAAAGCGGACUUUGGACGCGACGAAUGCAAUGAGUUAAGUUCCGGUUCUUCCUGCCAGUGCCAGCCAUCGAUGUCCGAGUAUGAGAUUUACUGCCCGGCCAAUAUCUACAAUCCCACAUUCAAGCUGACGAAGCAACGAACGUCCAAUGUCCAGAUCGAGUGCUUUUUCAGCAAUCACUCUGAGUACAAGCAGUUGCCAGAGCUUCGGAUUGGCAACAUAGACAGUGUCCAAAUUCAGAGAUGCCCUCUACCCGGACACACGCCCAUAUCAGGGAUUUUGAAUCACUUGGGCAUUCCCACACCCAAAAUGCUGAUUUUCGAGAGCAACAACCUCGGAGUGAAUCUCACACGAAAGCACUUGGAUCAUCUGCAGAAUCUGAAGCGACUGCGCAUCACUUCGCGUCUUUCAACCCACAUCCCGUUCGACUUACUUAGCGAUCUGCGUAACCUCAAUUGGCUAGAUCUACGUGUCAAUGUGGUAGAGCUGCCUGCUCAGCUGUUUGCCAAUCUGGAGAGUCUGGAGUUCCUUGAGUUGGGCAACAAUGGCAUAAGGCAGCUGCCACAUGGCAUUUUUCGCAGCCUGCACAAGUUGCAGCACCUGAAUCUGUGGAGCAAUCAUCUGCGGAAUCUCAGCAAGCACGACUUUGAAGGGGUCUCCUCGGUGUCGGAUGUUGACCUGAGUGGCAAUGGUAUUGAACAACUUCCGCCGGAUGUCUUUGCCCUGCUCACCAAUCUCAGUGAAAUAAAUUUAAAUGGCAAUCGUUUUCGAUCUCUGCCCGAGAAUCUCUUUGAACAUAAUCGACACUUGAAGAACGUACGGUUGCUUAACAACCGCGUGGCUCUGCCCACUCUGCCACCUCGACUCUUUGCUAAUCUGCCAGAACUGAAAGUCAUUUUGGUGCGCUGUGAUUUGGAAACAGUUUCCGCUGAUCUCUUUGAAAACUCCGUCGAGAUUACAAACAUCACCCUGAGGGAUAACAACUUGAGCACACUACCAGCCAAAUUGCUGCAACAUCAGAUCAACCUCUUGAGUCUGGACUUGCGUCAGAACAAAUUGACCCAUCUGCCGGAUACCAUCUUUGCAAAUACCAAAAAUCUAGUGGAUCUGAAUCUUGCGGACAAUCUACUCACAGAGAUAAGCGCGGAUAUAUUUGGACAACUGACGAAUCUGGAGACACUCAGUCUAAGUCGGAAUCAUUUGCGAACGAUUAAUAAUCGUGCAUUUGAUGCUACAACACAGUUGAGGGAACUCAACCUGGAGCACAAUCACAUUGACCUGCAACAACCGUUGCUGGAUAGAGAGUUCCAAACAGGGAUCGGGUCCCCAUUUAGCCACUUGCAGCAUCUCCAGACUCUCAAUUUGCGCAACAAUUCCAUAAUGUUUAUCUAUGGCGAUUGGAAGUACAGUUUAGUUAAGCUGCGGAAGUUGGACUUAAGCUACAACAAUCUCAGUUCACUGGACUACGAAGAUCUUCAGUUCCUGUCCCAGCACGAUGUCUUCAUAAAUAUGACCCACAAUAAAAUCAGAAGCAUUAAUUUCUAUGAGUUUUUGGAUGCAACCCCAUCGAAGAGUUUUGUCCGCGUGGAUCUAAAUCGGAAUCCGCUGGUGUGCGACUGCGUAGCUCAACGAUUCAUCCAGCUGGUCAGAGGUGAGAUUGAUCCUAGCUAUGCCAAGAAGCUGGAGCUACUGACUGACCAACUGAGCUGCAGUGAGCCCAGUGCGUUGGUGGAUCGACCGGUGCGAUUUGUCGAUCCACGGGAACUGUACUGCUCAUUCGAUAAAUCGGAAGAUCCCAGCGAACGUGUGUGCCCGCGUGGCUGUGAUUGCCUCGUGCGAACCAUCGACCACUCGCUCAUCGUCAAUUGCUCCAAUGGCAAUCUAACCAAGGUGCCCAAACUGCCCAUCCUGCCCUCCAAUCUGCAUCUCAUGGAAUUACAUAUGGAGAACAACACACUGCUUAGACUGCCGUCAGCUACUUCGCCUGGCUACGAGAAUGUGACCAGUCUUCAUCUCUCUGGAAACAAUAUCACUCAGCUGUCGUUGGGCCAUUUGCCGCUCAAUCUGCAUUACCUAGAUGUGAGCCGAAACAGCUUGCAGGGACUCGACCCACUUGUCUUGGGCUUCUUCAAUCACACAUUGUCUCGGCAUUCCCUGAAACUCUCACAGAAUCCUUGGGUGUGCAACUGCUCGGCCAAGCCGCUGUUGCUCUUCAUGCAGAACAACUUCGAAACGAUUGCGGAUCGUCGGGACAUCUAUUGCAUGGAUGCAGAAGUUCCCACACGCAUGGAGGAUCUUGUGGUGAACGAUAUUUGCCCACAGCCCAAGGGACUUUGGAUUGCUCUCGCAGUGGUUAUCGCCUUGACUGGUUUCCUAGCGGGUAUUACCGCUGCUCUGUACUACAAAUACCAGAUAGAGAUCAAGAUUUGGCUAUAUGCCCACAAUUUGUGCAUGUGGUUUGUCACUGAGGAGGAGCUGGACAGGGAUAAGAAAUUCGAUGCCUUCAUCUCGUACUCGCACAAAGAUCAGAGUUUCAUUGAGCAGUACUUGGUGCCCCAGCUGGAGCACGGACCCCAGAAGUUUCAGCUGUGUGUGCACGAACGCGAUUGGCUGGUCGGUGGCUUUAUACCCGAGAACAUAGUGCGUUCUGUGGCAGAUUCCCGGCGAACCAUCAUUGUGCUGAGUCAGAAUUUCAUUGAGUCGGAAUGGGCUCGCAUGGAGUUCCGGGCGGCUCACAGAUCAGCGCUAAACGAGGGACGAGCUCGGAUCAUUGUGAUUAUCUACUCGGACAUCGGUGACACCGAAAAACUAGACGAAGAGCUGAAGGCCUAUCUCAAAAUGAACACAUACCUGAAGUGGGGAGAUCCAUGGUUCUGGGACAAAUUGCGCUACGCUCUGCCUCAUCGCAAUCCCCUGGCAAAUAUGGGCAACGGGGCGUUGGUAAAGUCCGCUUUAAAGGGCUCCACCGAUGACAAGUUGGAACUGAUCAAACCAUCGCCAGUUACACCGCCACUGACCACACCGCCGGCGGAGGCCACUAAGAAUCCGUUAGUGGCUCAGCUAAAUGGCGGCACUCCGCACACUGCCAUCAUGAUUGCCAACGGCAAGAAUGGCCUGACGAAUAGCCUAUAUGCGCCCAAUGGCAAGGCCAAUGGCAAUGGCCACAUCAAUGGAGCUUUCAUCAUUAACACGAAUGCCAAACAGAGCGAUGUAUAGGAUUGGGAGAAGGCAGAGCUAUUUCAGUUCGAGCCCGAUGACGAGCUUCUGUUCCAUUGAGCAGUCUGAAAUGAAGCCAGCCCCAAAUCCCGGACCUGGGCGCAUCUCCACCCAUCAGCCGAUUGAUUUUCAUGCCAGCGCUUCGAUCAACUUAAAUUCUCUCUCGCCUAUUUAGUUUUAAUUGAGGAAAAUUUCAAUUUUCAAUCUUUCAUGUGGCCUUUGUUGACGAGACGAGACGAUACGACAAUGCGAGAGUCUGUUAAGUGUUAUUUGUAAGCUUUUAGCUUUUAGACACUGCGCUGACCUUAAAAUCUCAAAUAUUUAGUGAUUAUUUGUAUAAUAAAUUAAAAUUGUAAGAUUUAGUUUUAGGUUUUGAAUUGAAGGCAUUUUUUUACCUGAUGCACGAAUCUCCCAAAUUGCAAUUCGAAUUCAUUUUAAUUUUCAUUUCAUUUUCUUUUUUUUGGGUUCAGAUUUAUUUUUACAUUAUUUACUUAAUCACACAAUAUGACUUAUCCAAAUAGUAGUCUAUAACUCUGACCGUAAUCUGAAUGUAAUUGUGAACUAAAAAGAGAUUCCCCACCCACCCCCAAAUACCCCACACCACUUUGUAUGUAUGUAUGUAUGUAAGAGAAAACAGAAAAAUCACUUAGAAUAAGUAAGUAAUGAAAAAUGCACAGGUCAUGACAACUGUACAUAAGCUGAAUACAAAUAUCCAUGUUCUCUUUUUCACUCUCUGACACACACGCUAUGCAAAUAUCAUACUAUAUACAUACUAUAUAUAUAUAUACAUAUAUAUAUAUACAUAUAUAUAUAUAUAUAUAUAUAAUUAUCAGCAAAAUAUACGCAAACAUUCGGUUAUAUUAUUCAUAAUGACGCUAUACGCUUAUCAAGAGCAUUGAGAUCAUUAUUAUUAAACAGACCAGAUCAGACCUUCAUCUAUCAAAUUUGUAUGCAAUAUUCAUAUGGAAUACGUAAAUGUAAUAAACUAGCGCGAUCUAAACCAUUAAAUAGCAUAAGUUCUAGGAAAGUCUCUGAUAUGUAAUGCCUAAGGUACCUACAAGUUAAUUCAGACACAAAAACACACUCAUUUCAUUAUACAUAUUAGUAAAGAUAAUUGAAUCUAAAACGUAAAUAAAAUAUAUUUUAAAAAAUCGAA